AGAACUUGUGUAAUUAACCAAAUCCCAGUCGGGGCUAGUCAAUUACACUUCCGAGGAGGCGGCCGCGGCUACCGCAGCAGCUGCAGCCGAGCGAGCUCAACUCCUGGAGAUCAGGGGCGAAAAGAGAAACUUUGAAUACAAUCAGAUGCACUUCAGAGAGCGCCAGAGGCAGGCGAGCCGGCUGGGUGUUAAGGGACAGCUAAGAGAAUGAAGACUCUAAGUCCCCAGCGGAAGCAUGAUAUGGCGAUGCAGUGCUGGUGCUGAAUUGUUCUCUCUGAUGGCUCUAUGGGAGUGGAUAGCCCUGAGUCUUCAUUGCUGGGUUUUAGCGGUCGCUGCUGUUUCGGAUCAGCAUGCCACAAGCCCCUUUGACUGGCUCCUGUCUGACAAGGGACCCUUUCAUCGUUCCCCGGAAUACACUGAUUUUGUGGAAAGAAGCCGACAAGGGUUUAGCACAAGAUACAAGAUUUACAGAGAAUUUGGUCGCUGGAAAGUAAAUAAUCUAGCCGUUGAGAGGAAGAAUUUUCUUGGUUCCCCACUGCCUCUUGCCCCAGAAUUUUUCCGAAACAUAAGACUACUAGGACGGAGGCCAACGCUUCAGCAGAUCACAGAAAACCUUAUCAAGAAAUAUGGGACACACUUCCUGCUGUCAGCAACCCUGGGAGGAGAGGAAUCGCUCACAAUUUUUGUGGACAAGCGGAAGCUGAGCAAAAGAGCAGAGACAAGCGAUCCCAGCAUUAACAGUACCAUGGUGACGCUGGAGACUCUGCACCAGCUGGCAGCCUCAUACUUCAUCGAUAGAGACAGCACUCUGCGCAGGCUUCACCAUAUUCAAAUUGCCUCCACUGCCAUAAAGGUAACAGAAACCCGGACUGGUCCUCUUGGCUGCAGUAACUAUGACAACCUAGAUUCUGUCAGUUCUGUUCUGGUACAGAGUCCGGAAAAUAAGAUUCAGUUGCAAGGUCUUCAGCUCAUCCUGCCUGAAUAUUUGCAAGAGCGGUUCGUGCAGGCAGCCCUGAGCUAUAUUGCCUGCAAUUCAGAGGGGGAAUUUAUCUGCAAGGACAACGAUUGUUGGUGUCAGUGUGGCCCCAAAUUCCCAGAAUGCAACUGUCCAUACAUGGAUAUUCAAGCUAUGGAGGAGAACUUACUUCGCAUAAGUGAGACCUGGAAUGCUUACAACAGCGAGUUUGAAGACUCAGAUGAAUUCAAGUUCUUUAUGAAAAGGCUGCCCAUGAACUAUUUCCUCAACACAUCUGCCAUUAUGCACUUGUGGACAAUGGACUCAAAUUUCCAGCAUCGUUACGAGCAACUAGAAACCAGCAUGAAACAACUGUUCUUUAAGGCACAGAAAAUUGUUUACAAGCUCUUUAGCCUUAGUAAGAGGUGCCACAAACAGCCACUUAUCAGCUUGCCAAGGCAAAGAUCUUCAACCUACUGGCUGAACCGCAUCCAGUCCUUUCUCUACUGCAAUGAAAAUGGCCUUCUUGGCAGCUUUUCAGAAGAGACUCACUCAUGUACAUGCCCUAAUGACCAGGUUGCCUGCCUUGGCUCUUUACCAUGCAUUGUAGGAGAUGGUUCCUCCUGCUUAACUUGUGCCCCAGAUAACCGCACCCGCUGUGGGACCUGUAAUACUGGGUACAUGCUGAGCCAAGGGCUCUGCAAGCCUGAGGUGGCAGACUCAACAGAGCACUACAUUGGGUUUGAGACUGAUCUCCAGGAUUUGGAGAUGAAGUAUUUAUUGCAGAAAACAGACCGCCGGAUUGAGGUCCAUGCCAUCUUCAUCAGCAACGACAUGCGUCUUAAUAGUUGGUUUGACCCUUCCUGGCGCAAACGGAUGCUCCUUACCCUUAAGAGUAACAAAUACAAAUCAAGCCUGGUUCAUAUGAUAUUGGGUCUCUCUCUUCAAAUUUGCCUAACUAAGAACAGCACCUUGGAGCCUGUCCUGGCUGUUUACGUCAACCCUUUUGGAGGUAGCCACUCUGAGAGUUGGUUUAUGCCUGUCAAUGAAAACAGUUUCCCAGACUGGGAGCGGACUAAACUGGACUUACCCCUUCAGUGUUAUAACUGGACGCUGACUCUAGGCAACAAGUGGAAGACAUUUUUUGAAACGGUACACAUCUACUUGAGGAGUCGCAUUAAGUCAAAUGGUCCCAAUGGCAACGAGAGCAUUUACUAUGAACCCCUGGAGUUUAUUGAUCCCUCCCGUAACCUGGGCUAUAUGAAAAUCAACAACAUCCAAGUGUUCGGCUACAGCAUGCACUUUGAUCCGGAGGCAAUCCGGGACUUGAUUUUGCAGCUGGACUACCCCUAUACUCAGGGAUCCCAGGACUCUGCACUCUUGCAGCUACUAGAGAUACGGGACCGUGUAAAUAAGCUCUCUCCACCUGGCCAACGUCGUCUAGACCUUUUCUCAUGCCUGCUACGUCAUAGACUCAAGCUGUCUACUAGUGAGGUGGUGAGAAUUCAAUCUGCUUUGCAGGCCUUCAAUGCCAAAUUGCCAAACACAGUGGAUUAUGACACAACCAAAUUAUGUAGUUAACCAUAAGUGUGAAGCACAACAGAAAAAAAAAAUUAAAAAGAAAACCAUGAAAGGAGUUUUUACAGUGCUUUUGUGGAACAGUUUAUGUUUGGAAGAGUAAAUUUAAAUUGUCUUUUCAAUAUCUGUCUUAUAUCAGUCAAUAACAUUGGAUGGCAAUUUACACCCAUGAACUUGCUGACAAAUGAAUAUAUUAUACUUGCAAUUUUUUUGUUCUGUUUUAUGAAUGAAAAUAAAUACUGACACCCGUCUAGAAGACAUUCUACUUUUUACAAUAAAUUUCAUUUGUAAUUUUAUAUGUUCCGUGGCAAUGCUUUUGUGCAUUACAUCCUCUAGAGGGAACAUAAAAGGAUACCAAUAAAAUUUUGUAGCUGAACAGUUAUUAAAA